GAUUCCAGGAAUGCAAAACCUUUCCAUUUCCUGUGCCAUGGUUUGUCUCAUUCUGCUUGGAGCGUCUGCUGUAGUUGGCUUUGCUGGAGUUUGUCGACAGGAAAUUCCUGCUGUUCUGGUGACUGGUGUGCUUUAUUUGUUGACUGCCAUUUUCGGCCUCUUCACAGUCACCAUCAUGCACUUUAAGCGGAAAACCCGGAAGGACUACGGACUACUGGACCAGUACCUGUCGUCAGGUUUUUAUACCACACGGAUGUUCGACCCCGGUUGGAGUUACCACGUGGGCUGGAUCGGGAUCGGCGCUUGUUUCCUGGCCAGUUUCAUGUGGCUCAUGCUGGCCCGAGUCAUGCGCUUCCACAUCCUCACUGCUGCUAUUUCCUAGCGAUUUUUCGCGCUCUUUUUUGUUUUGUUUUUUUGUUUGCAGAAUAACUUGCCUCGGUACAUUACACAAAUGGAUUUGAUCCAUUCCAGAGACCCAAUCUUCUGCCUGAGUGUUCAAUGCGAAUGAGGGGUAUGUGUGGAAUAUGGUUAAUUGAUUCCAGACCGCGGCCCAAAAAGAAAAAAAACCUGGAAGAGUAUGGUGAUAAUGAGCAGCGCAGUGAUACGCUAUGUUCGAUCUAUUAAAAAUGCCACAGCAGAAAUUCUUGGAUAAUGCCCAGAUUAGAUUGUGAAUUUCAGGCAUGGCAUUCUGACACAAGAAAGAAAGCACCC